AUGAUAAGGCAGUCUGGUAUCAAGUCUCAAAAGAUUAACAUGAUUGACAAAGUUGCAGUUGUUACCGGUGCAAAUAAAGGCAUAGGUUAUGGUGUUGUGAAGGAACUCUGUAGGCGUGGAGUCAAAACAGUAUAUCUAACAGCCCGUGAUAUUAAGAGAGGCACUGAUGCAGUUGCGAGCCUAAAGAAAGAAGGCUAUAAUCCUAAAUUCCAUCAACUUGAAAUCACCGACGAAGAAAGUAUUAAGAAAUUUUGUGAAUUUAUAAAACAACAGCACAAAGGCAUAGACAUUCUUAUAAACAACGCAGCCGUUACACAAGAUAAUUUUAAUGCACCAUUAUACGAAGAUGCGAAACGUGUCAUUGAUGUAAAUUUCCAUACCAUUAUCAGAAUUGAAAAGUUUAUUUUUCCAUUGCUUAAUGAUAAUGCACGAGUUGUCAAUGUAUCGAGCGAUUGCGGACAUUUAUCUAAAUUGAAAAACAAAUAUUGGAUUGAAAGAUUAUCACGAAAAGACCUGACAUUGGAAGACGUGGAAGAAUUUGUUAAUUGGUUUUUGGAUUCUGUAAACAAUAAGACAUUGAAAGUAGAAGAUUUCAAAUGGAAUAUUCUUCAUGCAUAUGUCGUAUCUAAAAUAGCUCUUUGUGCAUAUACUUGGAUACAGCAACGGAAAAUUGACAGAGGAAUAUCUAUUAAUGCAUUGCACCCGGGUUUUGUAACGACAAGUAUGACAAGGAAUUGUGGACUACUGUCUGUGGAGGAAGCCAGUGAUGCACCAGUCUAUUUAGCGUUGGACGCCGAUCAGUCUCUUAAAGGGAAAUAUAUUUGGUUCGACAAAACUGAAAAAGAUUGGUAUGAUGUGGAUAUCGAUAUUGACUACGUCGAUCCCGAUACUUUCCAAGAUUUCGUUGAAAAAAUGUCUGCUUAA